UCAGGGUCAUGCGAUGCAAUUUUGAGUGGUGCCAUUUUGCUCUUUAUUCUGUUGAUGGGUUUAAAUGAGAAAUGUUUAAUCUAAUAAUGCACAGUACCUGGAAGAGAAGGAGGACCUUGAAUUGAAGUGCUCCACUUUGGUGAAGGACUGCGAAAUGUACAAGAACCGCAUGAAUACGGUCAUGGUGCAGCUGGAAGAAGUGGAACGUGAGCGGGACCAGGCUUUCAAGUCUAGAGAUGAUGCUCAAUACCUUGUGUCUCAAUGUCUGAUUGACAAAGACAAGUACCGCAAGCAAAUACGUGAGUUGGAAGAGAAGAGCGAUGAACUUCAAAUAGAAAUCGUACGCAAAGAAGCCAAGAUAGUCAACCUGGAGUGCAAACUGAGACGGACGGCCAAAGAAAAUGGUUUGGAUCAGAGUCUGCCACGAGACAUUACUCCACUAAUUAUAGCUCAGCACUUUGGGCAACCUGAUGUAAAUACAGGAGGACCUUCAGAGGACUCCGGAGAAGACACUGUUGAUGAUCAAGAGCCUAAGCUCCAACGCAGAAGUAACCUUAAGGGCAGA